AUGUAGGUACACGAAUUUAAAGUGGAAAUGACUUGCGAAGGUUGUUCCAAUCAAGUCAAAAAAGUUCUUGGGAAAUUAGGCGAUAAAAUUCAAAAUGUUGAUAUUGACUUAGAUAAGAAAAUUGUUCAUGUAACAUCGGAUAUAUCAGGUGAUGAACUUUUAGAAGUAAUCAAGAAGACUGGAAAAGAAACAAGCUAUGUAGGAGAAGCAAAGUAAAAUACUUUUAUCGAAAAAAUGAUAAGAUAUUAUUUUUCUUUAAAAAUCAAACCAGAUAUUUUUGCUUUUAUUUGAAUUUAUUUACAUUAUAUAAUUUAAUUAUUUUUGUGCAAUUUAUUGUAUUUUAAAAAUUAAAGGCACUGAAUUAUCGUUAUUAAGUAAACAAUUAAUAUAUUAAUUGCAUAUUUGCAUGUAAAAAGU